AACAUCAUCUGGGACACAACUAGGGUAACUCACAGCCUCCCAAGCUGAUGGCACUAACCUGAAGGCCAGAACGGCCCAGGAAGCGGUACUCCAUAGGGGGAAGAUCUUCAGGCUUGGACAUUUUGUCGGUGAUUCGAGAGUCGUUGAGGAGAGAAGUUCGAAUCCGUGAGCUGGAGGAAAAGGUGGUGGGAGGUCGCGAAAGUGGAGGCGAGUACAAGCCGUCAAUUCAUGCGAAGAGCAGCAAGCACCUUACUUAUAGUCCCCCUCGUUCGACGAGCUCGUGUCCGAAAAGAAAUCUCCAUUGGAGCUCCAUGCCCAUGGCCCAUGUCGAAAGGCCAGCGUGGGGCCCAACCUAUUCCUCUCACGGUUACGGAUACUGCAGCAGCCGUUAAAUCGCCCAUCUCCAGUGGUCAAGCUCAUGGAAGCGGGGCAGCCGGUAUCAACCCCGCCAUCCAAGUCCAUGACCCGCGAGUUGUGUCACCGGCGAGCCUUGUAGCCAAUGGUCCCAUCCCACGCCGAGCUGUUGGCGCGGGUACCGGUUCGGUACAGACGCAGCUGUCGUGAUUUCACGGUGCCUGAUCCUAGAGCUAUGACCGGCGGGAUUGAGCUAUCCCGAGCUUGUUGCUCGAUA